CUGUUAUGAAGAAACCAACAUGGCGGGAAAUGCAGUUUCGAUCUUGUAAAUACUAUAUAGACAAUUGAGAUAUUGGCCGUAACAUUGACCAGUGAUCAUGGGUGGUGACCGAUCUAGAACAUCAAGCAAGAGAAAAGGAUCUGACCACAGGGAUGACCGACAGAAGGGAGCAUUAGCUAAGAAGAGGAAAUCUUCGGACGAGGAAGAGAACUACGUCAGUGAUUCUGUGUUUUGUCAGCUGCUCAGUAAAUGUGGGUUGACAUUGAAGAAAGGAGGCAAAUUUAACACACUUAAUGUGGACCAAGCUGUUUUCCAACGAAACCUACACUUGGCUUUGAAACGUCAUGACAACUAUCCAGAGGUUGUUGAUGAAUUUGUUGAUGGUUUCCAAGAAUUCAUAGAAGAUCAAUCAAGAUUUCACUACAGCCUCCUUCCCACCAACACAACUUCAGAUUGUGACUCAGCCCGGAGCGGAGGACAAGACUGUGCCAUACGUCUGAUGUUGGGCGUUGACUUGCUGCAGCCUAAACUGAUGAACACUUUACUGGAGAAGCUGGCAGAGUUCAUGGAAGAUGAAGACUCUAUAUUUGAUCAUGGAGAGAAAGUGAACAUCCCUCGACUGUUGAUGAGUCAGUUUAGGUGGCUGGACAGUAUCAUCAACGGAAAAGAGGUGACAAAUAAGAUGUUGGAGAUGAUUGGCAUUGUCUCCCUUGAUAUACAAAGGGAGAUAAUCACCUGUCUUCCUGAGGUUGUGGAAGACUCGGAGCAUGGGGAAGUGGCUAAAGCUCUUAGGGAAAUAUUAGUGCAAAAUAACCAGUUAACUGUUCCAAUACUGGAUGCCUUGUCGAACCUGACACUCUCUCCUGAACUGUUAUCUGAGGUGAGAGGAUCAGUGCUCCAGACACUAGCAUCUGUCAAAAUGGAAGAUUUGCCAGUGGUCAUCAAGUUCCUUCUCCAGUCGGUCAACAAUCAGGAUGCUCCAGAGGUUGUCGAGGAAAUUCGCAGUAACUUGGACUUCAACUCCAGCUUUGCUCCCACCAUUUCCUCUACACCAUUCUCAACACAGGCUGGCAAGAGGGGAUCUAAGUCGGAGAUAGAGAGUGCACGGGGGUCGGAGCUGCUUACACUGGACGCCAUAAAGUCAGGAAUACGUUUUCAGAAAUGUGUAGCAGAGGCAUGGAUAAAGGUGAUUGAUGGAGUGAAGCAGCCAGGUGAUCACAAAGUUAUUGAUAUCUUUAUCCUCCUCAUCCUCCACUCCACCAAUCGUAAGAAGCCUGUGGAGAGUUUGUUCCGUAACAAGAUUCGGGCGGGUGGCUUCACUGAGGUGUUAGUACAGGCAGCCUUCGGGGCCCACUCACAGGUGAUGCGCGACUACUUCCCGUCCAUCCUGUCGCUAGCCGAGGCUCUGCUGCGGUCCCCAGAACCUGCUGUCGUGUACUUCGCAUGUGCUAUGUACAGGGGAGCAUUCACAGCAUUCGACUCCUUCUGUCAGCAGGAAAUCGUCGGGAACCUGGUGACCCACAUUGGUAUCGGGUUUGAAGGGGAAAUUGACUCCUCCCUUGAUAUCCUGGCUGAACUUGUCGACACACACCUAUCCAAGAUGGCACCUUUUGCGAUAUUUGUCAAGGGCGUCCUUGAUUAUUUAGACAACCUGUCCGUGAUGCAGAUCCGGAAAUUGUACUCAAUGCUGAGUAUGUUGGCCUUCAGGAAUCCCCAAGAAGGGGGCCUCAUACAGGAUGACCUACACAUUUUGAUCCGGAAGCAACUUUCCAGUAACAGUCCAAAGUACAAAAGGAUGGGGGUUAUAGGGGCCAUUAUGAUCAUCAAGAGCAUCGCCUACAAGAGUACAAAUACGGUACUGACCCAGCUGGAAAGUGUUCCUCUGUCCGAUGACCUCUACAAACAAGUGGUCAGUCUGCUGCAAAUGGUCAAGACAUCGAGCAGUCGCACACCAGAGGUGGCAGCUCUCUUCAUGGACGAACUCGCAGCGGUCAUUCGCCGUGGACAAAUGGACUCCAAGGUCGAGACAUGGAUCAGUGAAAACGUAAUCACAGACUUCCAAGAUGAUUAUGUGGUGGACAUAGAAGAGAUACCAGAUAAAUCGAAGUAUAUGAUACCAUUUGAGACAAAGUACAGUCUGGACGAUGACGCGGAGGGAUCCAUCGCCAUCAACAUCAUCCCUCUUGUAGAGUUCAGCACCAAGGACAAGAAAAAACAACAACCCAACAAGAAUGAAAACGGGAGAUCUCCAGACCCGGUGUGUCUGUCACCCCACUUUCGACUGCUGCAGAUUUGUGAAGAAAAACAACAAGGUGACCUCACCAACAUAGAUGCUCUUCUUGGUUGUCCAUUACUGCUUCCGACUCCCGAGAUAUUUGAGAAGAUUACCAGCCUUUCACGCAGGGAGAAAGAGAUUGUGUGUACUGCUGUUUUCGCUGGCCUCAACUGGUUCAGGGAAACCGUCAAUGCCUUUGCCCCACAUGAUGACCUUGAAAUGAAGGGGAAGGUCAUCACAAGAGUUCAGAACAUUACAGAGUUACAGGGCUUACUGGAGAAAUGCUUGGCAGCCACACCAAAUUUCAAGCCGCCUCCUGCCAACUUUGACUGGUACGAGUGUCCUACGCCGGUCCUCCAGACGGCCAGUGGUGAGAGUAAGGGCAAGAAGAAGGGCAGGAAAGCGGGCAAAAAGAAAAAGGGUGACAAAGAAAAUUCCCCAGAUGAGGAGAGUGAUGAAAACAGCAAGGACUCAACAGUUCUAGAUAAAACAACAGCAGAUACCCAGGUGGACAAAGGAACUGAACAGUCUGACAAAUCUGUGGUCAAUCUUUCCAGUUACAGACCAUUCUUCAGGGAGCUGGACAUCAGUGUCUUCACCAUUCUACACACGGGAACAGUCAUAGACCAAGCUCUGGACACCGACUUCAACACCAAGGCAACCACAGAGCUGUCAAUCCGGCCAAAACAGCUGGAGUUCCUGUUGGAGGACCUCACCAGUAAACUAAGCCACAUCCUCAUUGCCUCCACAUCCACACGAAGGUCGUUCUUCAAGACAAAGCCUGGGAAGAACAUAGGGUUCUCACACUUGGAUCAGUAUUGUCCCAAGAGGAUAGCUGUCAAAGCUGUCAAGCUGUUACCUGCCCUUUGUAACCACCUAGAGGGCGCUAGUGGCUUUUUCCAGACAAUGAUUGCAGAGAAUGACGGUCUGGUGGACGGGCCUGGCAGUAACGGACCUGAGGCGGGCCUGAUGGGCUCCUGUUUUCAGCUGUUGUUACAGGCUCUUCUCUCUCUAUUUUCUUGGAAUGGUUUCUUGAUGACAGAAAACAAAGCUCUGUUAAAGGAAGCACUUGGUAUCCUGGUAGCACGUAUCAAAACAUUCACAGCCUCCCAGACAGGACUACAAGAACUCGUCAAAACUUCCCAUCAGUAUGUAGCAAAUUUUGCUAAUACAGUGCCAAACUUGACCACAGCAGUGACCGUACUCAAAGUCCUUAUCACACUGGGGGACAAGGUCAACACGGAUGACCUACAGGUUAAAAUAGUGGCGAUGUCAGAAGAAUUUCUGAAACGGGAGUGGCUUGGAACAGAUGGUGAGAAGGAGAAAGGGGCCAAACAUAAUGAGAACCUACAGUUUGUCCUCAGGACCUACCUCGGCUGUUCUGAGGAUUCUUUGUCUUCUGUGGAAACCAUAGCAACAAAAGGGAUAACUGAACUUCUGGAGACAGACAACAAUGGCAGCUCUGAUUUGUAUCCGACCUUGACCAAGCACUCGUUCCCAGUGUUCUACAGGAUAAUGUUUUACGAGUUGAUUGGCUGCUUAAAAACAAUUAGUCCAGUGAAACAGAGUGACUCCAGAGAGGUGAAGCUUGACUGCCUGUUAAGGUGGAACCAAGCGGUACGAAUAUUACACAUCAUGGUCAACCUUAUCAAGGCUUUUGACGGAAGAGUCCUUCUUGGAACAGCUCUCAAGUGUGGUCGUCAAUUCCUAGACAUAUUUCUGCGACAAGGAAUGCCACUCUUGGAUAACAUGUUCCGGUCACACAGAGAUGAUGUCCAGAGUCUGCUAAAGAACUUACAGCUUAGUACACGUGCACUCCACCACAUGUGUGGCCAUUCAAAGAUAAUGAAAAACUUGGCAUUGACCAAUCAGGUGCCAUUCCUGAAGAAAAGUCUGGAAGCAUUUGUGUACAGGGUCAAGGUCAUGCUUACAGUCAACAAGUGUUUGGAGGCAUUCUGGCUCGGCAACCUCAAAAACAGGGACCUCAAGGGUGAGGAGAUAAUGUCGCAGGCGUCUGUCGUGGAGGAGAGGAAUGAAGAUGAGAGCGAUGAAGAAGAAACUGUUCCAGAGGAUGAGGAAGAAAGUGAUGUGGAAAUGGAUAACCAGAGUGAGGCAGGAAGUGACCGAACAAAAGAGAACAGUGAUAACGAGUCCUGUAGCGAAAUAUUUUAAAGGGCAGAUAACUCAGACAGAGAAGUUAACAGAACUUAUAAAAUGAGAUCUGACAAGUGAAGAAUUAAAAAAUGUUUCAAAAAUGGAAUUGUUGUCGGCCAAUCUGACAAUUUAAACACAACACUGACUGCAGAUUUAAGAUUGAGAGACGCAAUAUACCAACCAGACAAUGUGGAAGUCAGAGUGUUCAGUGGAAGACAAAGACAAAUUGCUAAUAAGGAAGUAGUUACUAGCAUAAAUGUUACUGAGGCGUAAAGUGUCAUCAAGUAAUGACCAGAACUACUGACGAAAAAUGUUCAUGUCAUUAAAAGAGAAUCAAUGAGUAUAAGUUAUCUGUUACAUGUGUUAUAAACAUUGAAAAGGCAAGUUAAACCCCCUUUGGUCGAAUGUGAUUUAUGGUGAUAGUGUUCAGAUCAUUAAUAUUAAGUUCCUCUUGGUAGUAUACACAAGGAAAUCAAUACAUUUUGAAUAUUUCACAGAA